CUGCCGAUAUAACAAGUUAUCGAACUUGAGGCUGUCAAAAAUAUUUCACACGUGAUUACGAAUAUAUCCCAUUUCAAAAUAGGCAACGGCUAAGGAACAUCGUCUAAUAUGGGGUCCAGACCAAGUUUGCAGAGGCGACCUAUUGUCCUGCGCGAAGGAGAGAUUUGGGAACGGGACAUCAACAACAAUCUGACGGGCCGAAAGGUGCCAAGACCUCAGGAGCCGCGGCGUCUGGCCACAGUUGUCAAGAAGCCCAGCGACCUUCCAGAUGAGAUACCAGGUGGCUUCAAAAGAGCCAAGCUCUGCAAGUGCGAGAAUAUAUGGACCGACUUCAAGUGCGGAAUGUGUCAGAUGAGCUUUCAUGAAAGUUCGAUCAAAAACGGAGAAAAGAAGCGGCUCCCCUCGAAAGGUAAAAAGGAGCACCCCUCUCCAUGUGUUACAGUAGUCUAUCCGUCAUGCCCCUUUUGCAAGGCGCCUUCGACCAAGAUAGAGGCUGUUCGCGAAGGCAUCUAAAGACUAUUAGUACCGGAAUGAUAAUGAGUGGAACCAGCAUGAAUCAGCAUAACUUUGGAAAUCUACUAAUGUACUAAUACUCUAACAAAUAAAAUAUAACACAAGUCAUUAGCAUUACUUCCAAGGCAUCCUAGUCUCCCAAAGCUUCACUGUAAUUAUGUCUUUUGGCUAUCAUUAAAAUUUUUAAAUUAUUUCUCGA